UAAUUUUGACGAGGUCAAGCGCGUGUAAGAAGCAGAAUGUGACUCAUCACACUCGACGAUCACAUGAUGGUAACGAAUCGCGUGCCACUCGGUUCAAGUUGUAUCCUGUUGACUUUGUAUCAGACUGUUGAGCUCAAACGUUUGAGUUUAUUUUCCGCUAUCUUCGACGACACCUAAACGAUUAUAACGACACCUCUGCAGCUCUGGGGAAGAUGUCAUCCACAUCUUUGCUCACCGCCUUACUCAACAAUCUCCAUACCCACCUACAAACCCAGACCGAACUUCUACCCACUUUACAUGCUCAAUUGGGGCUUCCACCUACAGCGCUGGAAGAUGAUUUGAAGAAACUGCAGAGUACAUUGAUGGAAGGAGUUGAAACUCAGAUCGACUCGCGGCGCAAAGAGGUUGAACGAUGGUUAGAGAAUUGUAAUGAGGCAGAAGUCGAGUGCCUGAAAUACGCAAAGGCACUGGGAGGAAAUACGAAGGCGACAGGGAGCAGUAUAGGAGAAUUGAGGAAAGUGCAACAACUUCCAAAGAGAUUCGAGAUGAUCGGAGAACAUCAAGAGAAGUUGCGACAACUCUACCACACAAAGCUCGAACAGCUCACAAAUAUUACUCACCGGCUGAAUGCUAUGGCUCGUUCGCUCAGCUCUGACUUUUAUUCCCAAGACAUACUUGAUCCCACUCCUGCGUUUGAAGGAGGUCCGGACACCAAUGUACACCGAGAUGUGACUCCGGAAAGGUUCUCUAAGCUCGAGAAAGAGCUUGCUAGAGGCAAAGCCGAAGUUACCAAACGUCUAAAUCACCUUUCAGAAAUAUUUAUGCAGAUCGACUUUCUGUAUAACGAACUAGGAAUCUGUUCCCCUAGCUUAGAGGACCUUGACUCUGUUCCAUCUUCUCUCUAUGCAUCCUCUUCGCAACUCCAUCCACCUUCCGAUCCGUUUACUGUGUCUAUCUCAACGCCCACUCCCCCACCUCGACAUUCGAAAUCAUAUUCACCACUUUUACUAUCGGAUGACGAAGAACAGCAAUCAGACGUUGCUUAUCAACGUAUAUUUGCUAUCUUCGUUGCUCGCGUCGAAGAAGCAAAUGCUGAAGGUCGUUCCGUGUUGCCUACUUCGUCGACCCCAUUAGGUCUAAAUUCUGUGGAUCCGACACCUUCUCUACUUGCGUGGGCAGCUGCUCUAUGCAGCUCGCUGGAAGAUACGAAACGCCGUAGGGAGGCUCAUAUUCAAGCAAUGUACGAUCAAUUGGAGGGUCUUUGGUGGAGACUAGGUGUUGCCAAAGAAGACAUGGAUGCGUUCGUCGAUGUGAAUAGAGGGAGCACAGAAGAAUGUGUGCAAGCAUAUGAAGAAGAGCUCGAAAGGAUGUUAGAGUUGAAGAGAGAGAGGAUGGGUGCGUUUAUCGGGAGUGCCAGAGAGGAAAUUCAAAAUCUUUGGGACGAACUCAUGACAGGUGAGGAGGAACGAGGCGCAUUUGGCCCUUUCGUAGAUGAUGAACAUACAGAAGAACUUCUUUUGAUACACGAAGAGGAAGUUCGUAAACUGAAGGAAGAGAAACGAAUCAAGGCCCCUUUUUUGGCAAGCAUCAAGAAGUAUUUCGACAUUUGCGAAGAGGAGAAGGAGCUUGCGGUUGCAGCGAGUGAUCAGACCCGACUCCUUGGCAGAGGAGCUAGAGAUCCGGGAAGACUAUUGCGAGAAGAGAAGAUGAGAAAGAGAGUCAGCAAGGAGAAGCCUAGGCUUGAGCAAGAUCUACUUGCUUCUAUACCUAUGUGGGAACAAGAAACGGGUCGGACGUUUCUUAUUCACGGUGAGAGUAUCCUUCGAAUACUACAAGAACUGGUCAGCGCCGCCGACCAAGAGAACAAACGUCGACCACCGCGAGCAGGCUCGGUGCCACCGCGUGCAACUACUCCCGUCAACCAUGCUGGACACAGCUACAUGCCAAAAGGUACUGUCACUCCCGCUGUACGUCCCGCUCCGGGUGGUGCCAACUCAGCACCAAAUAAACGUAUGAAAUAUGGAGACGAUUCAGCCUCUCGUAGUGGGCAGAGAGCGCCGCUCGGUGCCCAUAGGGGUGGAAACACGCUAGCAUCUUCGUUAUCACAGAAGCCCAGGGAUGUAUCGCCAGCGAAAAUACCUGGAAGUCGAUCGAGUCGUUUGCCUUCCUCACUCCACUCAUCUACGUCGCUACCGCGACCAAUAGCAAUGCCGAUGCCAAAACCCGGAACACAACAUCAUGCCCUCGGACAUGGGAGAGUACCUACUAGUGGUGUCUUCACCUACAGUGGAGGAAACAGUGGGAACGGGUUAUUCCCCAAGGGUAUUAGAAGUGCUUCAUCGACAUUGACCGGUUAUACCGCAGACACCCGCCAUACGAGCGGCAGCAGAGCAGCUGAGAAGAAGGCUUCGCGAGCACACAGGGAGAGCUUUAGACCUCGCCCGAGUAUAGACGGGACUGAUGACCAUAGGUUAGGCAAGUGGGCUGUUAAUGGGUUUGGAGGGGUUAAAGAAGAAGAAGAGGAUUAUUAAAUGACACCUAUGGACAGGACCACUAUUUAUGCUUGCGUUACGAUUAAUUUGCUAAUGCGUGUGUUGUAUAGUUAUUCUACUGUGAUUUCAGCUAUCUUUCGAUGUAGGUCAGGAGUAUUUAUAUUAUGAAUGUAGAAGCAUAAACUUCUGUUGAUUGAGG